AUGGGCUUCGUCGGCGUGUACACCGCGGUCUACGACUACCAGCCCCAGGCCGAGGGUGAGAUCGAAAUUCACGAGGGCGAUCUCCUCUAUAUUUUAGACAAGAACAACGACGAUGACUGGUGGAAGGCUAAAAAGAAGGCUGAUCCCGAGGAGGAGGAGCCAGUGGGACUGGUCCCGAAUAACUACGUUCAAGAGGCUGAACCUACCCAUAAGGCCAAAGCUCUCUAUGACUAUACACGACAGACAGAUGAGGAAAUAUCCUUCUCUGAAGACGCCGAAUUACUAGUAUAUGACACUUCCGACCCAGACUGGACGUUAGUGGGCGCAGGAACAGAUUUCGGAUUUGCUCCAGCAAAUUAUAUCGAGCUAUUAUCGGGCCCUACUACGGCGCAAACGCAAGCUGUGCAUGAUGAGCAGCCCGAGCCAGAGACUACAUACGAAACAUCAGCUCAUGCGUAUGCGAUUCCGGAGCCCGAACCGUCACCUCUCCCAACCCUUCCUCAGCGACCUCUACAAACCGAGCCCGAGGAGUACCCAUCAGCCGAAUCGAGUCCGACAAUCCCAGAUUCUAGUCCGGCUGCUGCAAUAGCCGGUAUCCUUCAUCGACAACAUGGAUCCAUGUCUUCUCAUGACACUUCUCGUGCGGUACCUGCAGCACCACAGGCGUUCGCAGCUCCGGAAGAGGAGGAAGAAGGCCCGCCACCCGCUCUCCCCACGCGGCCACCUUCGGGGACAUCGUCUGCGCGAAAAACAUUACGGUUCGAUGAUGAGGAGGAAGUUGCACCACCACAGCCUCCUCGUCCACAACACCCGCAACUCACCCUGACGCAAGAGGAAGAUGCACGGGUUCAGGAAUCGCCACCUUAUAGCCGUGUUGGCUAUUCGGCACCAUCCCCACACUCGCCGUCCGGCUAUCGUCUAUAUAAUGUAAACGAAAUGAUUUCGGUCAUGGGCAAGCGAAAGAAGAUGCCGACGACGUUAGGCAUCAAUGUACCAAAGGGAACAAUUUUCAUAUCAGCCGACGGAUCUGACGACGAUUCGCAACAAGAGUGGACGGCGGAUAAACUCACUCACUAUUCAAUCGAAGGCAAACAUGUCUUCAUAGAGCUUGUCCGGCCGAGCAAAAGUGCUGACUUCCAUGCCGGUUCCAAGGAUACUGCCCACGAGCUAGUUGCGGCCUUAGGCGAAAUUGCAGGUGCUUACAGAGCUGAAGGCUUGCGAGAGGUCCUUGAAGCAGGACAAGGCGGCAGUGGAAUUCAGAAAAAGGGACAAGUGCUUUAUGACUUUAUGGCUCAGGGUAAUGACGAGGUGACAGUGGCUUCCGGCGACGAGGUGAUAAUUUUGGAUGAUAGCAAAUCGGAUGAAUGGUGGAUGGUGAGACGAAUAAAGAAUGGCCGUGAAGGUGUGGUCCCUAGCAGCUACGUUGAAAUCACUGGCCUCGUGGAAUUAUCUUCCGCUGCUGCGAGCAGCAAGACAGUCAACCAAAAUAGACUCGAAGAGGAGCGUCUAGCAAAAGAAUCGGUAAGGAAAUCACAUGUGGAUUCUAUAGAUGGUCCACGAUCUGAGGUAGGUCCAAGAGUGAGACUUCCUGAGAGACGAAGCAGUCUUCUUGCAGUGAAUGGUGGUAACAGUGUUCUGCAGCGCCAUAAACGUGAGAAGUCUGACAAGAGCUCGAAACAAAAACCUGAUUCGUCGAAAACAAGAACUUGGACGGACAGAUCCGGGUCUUUCUCGGUUGAAGCUCAAUUCCUUGGUCUCCAUGACGGGAAAAUACAUCUCCACAAGAUGAAUGGGAUUAAAAUCGCAGUGCCAACCGCAAAAAUGUCUGUUGAAGAUCUAGAAUAUGUUGAAAAAGUCACGGGCCAGUCAUUGGACGAAGACAAGCCUCUAUCAGAUAUUCGACGUCGCAGUCUGCAGCAAAAGAGGGAAGAACAAGAGAAGAAGGAGAAAGAAAAGGUGGAGGACAAAAAUGGCGGUCAUGUUAAAGAAUAUGACUGGUUCGACUUCUUUCUCAAGGCUGGCGUCGGACCUCAUCAAUGUGAGCGCUAUUCGCAGAACUUUGCAAAGGAUUCGAUGGACGAAGCUAUCUUACCCGAUAUUACUCCUGAGACUCUUCGCACACUGGGCUUGAAGGAGGGCGACAUACUUCGUGUCAUGCGUUAUUUGGAUACAAUGUUCAACCGAACCGCUUCCAAGACCCGGGGACGAAAUGUAAGCUUCGGCGGUGAAGAAGUUAUUGGUAAUGGUGAGGAGGGUGGUUUGUUUUCUGGACCUGGCGGUGCUCUCCGGAAUAAUACCCGCAAAGGCCGUCCAACUCCGGCUGUGCAAGCCGCUGAUGUCGUCGACCCGAAAGCGUUUGAAGUUAAGGAAAAGGCAGAGAAGGCAGAGCCAGCAGCAGCACGUGUGUCUACCCCUCCAGCUGAGACACCUAUCCAGCGCGGUUUUGACGAUGAUGCAUGGGAUGUCAAACGACCAAAGGAACAACCAGCUUCCUCUGCACCCGUUCCUGCCGCUGCCCCUGCUCCUACUGCGGCUGCUCCAACAGCAACGGCCUCCGUAACUUCAGAGCCGCCGAAGCCAGCUGCAAUCACUGGUGCAAUGGCUGAUUUGUCACUCCUUCAAGCACCUUUGCAACCAACACCAUCGCAGCCUCCUCAGCCGACACCAUCACCGGCCGUUUCCGCACCGGCACCUGCACCUGUUUUGCCCCAACAAACUGCGGCGCCUGCGGCGCCGGCGGCUCCCGCGCUGCAACAGCCUCAAGUGACCGGGGCUAAUCCAGGCUUCUUUUCACAGCUGGGGCCUCUGCAGCCACAACAAACCGCUGUUCCAAACCAACCACAUAAUCUAGGCUUUUCUUUGCAACCCCGUCAACGACCUAUGCCUCCGCAAAAUAUAAACCAAAAUUCCCUACUAUCACCACCGCCACCGCAGCGGCCGCUGUCGGCUCCGCAGGACUUCCAACAGAGUCCGUUUGCUGCUCCUCCUUUGCAGCCUCAGCUGACUGGCGUCCCUCGCAAUGUACCACAACUGGCCCCUACUGGCCAGAGCUUAGCGGGACUCAAUCAGCAACGGUUCCAGCAGCCGCAGUACGCGCAACCAUUACAGCCUCAACUAACGGCAUUCCCCCAACAGCAAUUCCAGAACGGUAUCAUGCCCCAGCCUACUGGAUUCCCACAGCAACCGCAAUCUCAAUUUGGUUUCCAACAGCAGCAGCAGUUCGGGGGUAUACCCCAGCAAACUGGAUUCGGCGGAUUCUCCACUCCACCACAGCAGCCUAUGGCAACGGGCGUAAAUUCGAUGCUGCCACCUGCCUUACAACCACAAAGGACUGGUGUCAAUGGGUUUGGCACCAGUAUCAGUUCCCCCCCUCCUGUUCCUCCCAUUCCCCCUAUUCCUCAAAUGCCAACUGCUGCACCUUUGCAACCCCAGAAAACUGGCCCUGCCCCUCCCGUUCGGUUUGGAGUCAAGCCUGAUGCCAAGAAACUCGCACCGCAGCCUACUGGGAUGCGUGCAAAUCUUGCACAAGCCAGUCCUUCGAACCCGUUUGGUUUCUAA